UAGCACUGUUUCAGGACUGAACGAAUUUACAUUAUGUGUUACGAGCCGUUGUGACAUGGUCAUUGAUAAAGCUACGAUUUUGCAUGAAUGGGCUGACGUUUGUUUGAACUGAGUUGAACUAUUUAUGUUUUUGCAGUCGGAGGUGGUGAGCGUUAGGUGCCAUGGUGAGACAUAGACACUUGAUGCCGAGAAGAUCUCACCGGGCAGCUCGUCCUCUUUCACUGUGAAGAUGCCUGCUGUGAUCCGGGAUAAGGAGGACUCGGAGUCCUCUUCAGAAGACGAAGACCAUCCCUGCAUUGCCUGGAGUGGCCUCAGCAAGACCGUCCCAGUUCUCUUGUUUUUCCCCGAAGCUGCUGUUUCAAAAGAUGGGAACAUCUGCUCCACUGGAGAGCGAUAUCAUAUGGCCUUCAAGAUUGUGCGCACAGAGAGUCGCCUGGUACGAGGACUGCUCACCAAUCAUGGAUUCCAUGAGGUUCACCCAAACAGCAAUGACUUCAAUCUCAUGUGGACAGGAUCUCACCUCAAGCCUUACUUACUACGCAGCCUGCAAGACUUCCAGAAGGUCAACCACUUCCCAAGGUCAUAUGAAUUGACGCGCAAAGACCGUCUGUAUAAAAACAUCCAGCGGAUGCAGCAGACUCACGGCUUCAAAAACUUCCAUAUCGUUCCUCAGACCUUUGUGCUUCCCUCUGAGUACCAGGAAUUCUGCAACUGUUUUGCAAAGGACAAGGGCCCCUGGAUCAUAAAACCAGUCGCAUCUUCAAGAGGGCGAGGCAUCUACUUGGUCAGCAAUCCAAAUCAGAUUUUAAUGGAUGAGAACAUCUUGGUGUCUCGCUAUAUUAAUAACCCACUACUGAUAGACGAGUUCAAGUUUGAUGUGCGGUUGUAUGUGUUGGUAACAUCAUACGAUCCAGUCCUCAUCUACAUGUAUGAGGAGGGCCUGGCGAGGUUUGCCACCGUCAAGUAUGACCGGACUUCAAAGAACAUUAAGAACACGUUCAUGCAUCUCACCAACUACAGCGUGAACAAAAAGAGCAGCGAUUAUGUCAGUUGCGAUGACCCUGAAGUUGAGGAUUAUGGGAACAAGUGGAGUAUGAGUGCAGUGUUGAGGUAUUUGAAGCAGGAGGGGAAGGACACCACAUUGCUGAUGAGAAAGGUGGAGGACCUGAUCGUCAAAGCAGUGUUGAGUGCUGAGCUUCAGAUAGCCAACGCCUGCAAGAUGUAUGUUCCCCACAAAACAAACUGCUUUGAACUGUAUGGUUUCGACGUGCUCAUUGACUCCAACCUGAAACCCUGGUUGUUGGAGGUGAACCUUUCUCCCUCCCUGGCCUGUGAUGCGCCCUUGGAUCUGAAGAUAAAGGCCAGCAUGAUUGCAGACAUGUUUUCGCUUGUGGGCUUUGUGUGUCAGGACCCCCUAUCGAGGCAACCGCACUCUGACCGAGUCUCCCUGGACCCCAGCCUCAAGCACCCAGCAGCCCAAAGAACACAGAAACCUCUUUCUGCAGCGACAGCCACUGCACACAGCAGAACGCAUCAGAGGCCCACACCAGCUAGUAACUCAGAAACAGACGGGUCGAAAGACAAGCUAGGACCUAAACAAAGCCAAGGAGACAGCACUUUGAGCUUGACUGCUGACGAGAUCAAAGUGCUGCGGAGGAUAAAGGAAGAGUACGAGAGACGGGGAGGCUUCGUCAGGAUCUUCCCCACCGCAGACACUUGGGAGCUCUAUGGUGGAUAUCUGGAGUCCAAGACAUCAAUGAACUACAUGUUGGCAAACAGACUUUUCCAUGGAAGGAAUAUGAACGGAAAUGUGCAGCUGCAGGUGGAUGCCGUCCACGGAUGUCACGAUGUCCAGUACGAGAGGAAGCUGCUGUCUCUGGAGGCACGGAAGAGGAGACAGCCCUCUGCUGCAGGCAAGAAGAAAUCCGGGAAGGAAUCCAAGGCCUCCCCAAUGGAGAGCAGCAGUCAGGAGGGAGAGGAGUGCGCUCAGGAGGAAAGGGAGGAGGUGAAACAAGCUCUCGAGUCAGUCUCACACAAGGCUUUGGUAACAGAGCAAAGAAAACAAGUAGCCACACCGCUGGAGCGCUGCCGCAGCGAGGCUCUGUCCAGCUCAGAGGCAGCCACGCACAAUGCCAAGCCCAGAGUCAACCUGCUCAACAUCCUUCAGCAGGGCUGGGACCUCAGUAAAGUGCAGGCCCGGAUGGCCUUUUCCUCCUACCUGCAGCGAGUCCAGCAAAGACUGCUGGCAGAAAGCAGGGCAAAUACCAUCCCAGCUUGGCCAGACAAGGACAACGAGCAAAUGGAGCUGGUGAUUCGCUUCCUGAGAAGAGCAGCCAGUAACCUUCAACAAGACAUAAAGGUGGUCUUGCCCAGUCGACAGCUUCCACUCCAAGACCGCAGACGCAUCCUGUCCCACCAGCUAGGAGAGUUUAUCCACUGCUACAACAAGGAAACUGAACAUGUGGUAAAGAAAACACAGAGCAGCGAAGAGGAGCAUUGUGUUAACCCCAGUGUGUUUCAGGAGUACAUCACUGCAGCAAGUGAAAACGAUCUGGAGGAAGUGCUGACAUUCUACACACAGAAAAAUAAAUCAGCCGCCGUUUUCCUCGGAACAAAAGUCAGGAGUAUUAAGAAAGACGUUCGUGAAGUAAAUGCCUUCGGAGAUUCAGGCAACUGUGAGAACUCCAAAACUCUGCCUGUGGCCAAAGAGGAUUCCAGUGCUUCAGAGUCCUCGCUCUCCGGAGGGAAAGUCAGCAGUGACCCGGACAUCAAGGCCACUGAGAGUCAGCCCUAUGUCCGUACUGAAGACCAACAAGCAGCGGGUAGAACUGGUCAAAUCCACCCAGAGGUCCAGGCCUCCCAGCACUGCCCCAGCUUUCCCGUGACUUUAGACGGCACACAUACUCGUCUGCAGCACUGCUCCACAGCCCCGACGUCCCUGCCUCUCCACUGUCCGCCACCGCCGCCACCUCUUCAGCCACCGUCCUAUGCACAGUCCUUGGCUAAUUCUCAGUUCUGCCAUCCUGAGACUCUCUCUGACCCUCCUGCAUACGCCCCUGCCCUCGUGGUCACACAGCCCCCGAGAGCAACGUGGACAGCUGUUUCCACUGGCUCUAACACCAUCUGUAGUGGGACACCCACCCAGGAGCUCAAGAGGAUUCAGUCCUUCACCUCAUCAAUGUCCAGCUCUGGAGCAGCAUCUUCCAUCCCGAGUGCCACGCACAUCUAUAACCAGAAGCUCUCUAGAAUCACCUCGGGCCAAGUGAUCAGGAGGAGCACUUCCAGUAAGCUGAAGUCCAACUCAGCCGGGACAUUAAAGGAUUUAAACUGGCAAGCGCAGUCGAACCAGCAGGCCUUCAUCUCAGCCCUGCAGAAGCUGGCUGACAAGCAGGUUGCUCGCCACUAUGCCAGCUCCAGUCACAUCAACCUGCUGACACAACACCUGACCAACCUGAACCUGGCAAACAGGAUGCUGAGCAGAGAGAGCGUCACACUGAACCCUAUAGAGCGGCAUUCUGCUGCACCAACCCAAGGGCCAGUGAAAGCUGUUCACUCCGGAACAGAUCUAUGUAGCAGCACUAGGCCACUGCAGCAUGAGGAGGGUCUCUGGGAUGGUCAGAUGCAGAGUGCCUAUAGCUUGGUGACAGGGGUGAACCCCCAGCAGCGCUACCAGCCCACCCAAGAGAGCUACCAGCUUCAGUUUGCUAUACAGAAACUGCAACAGCAAAAACUUCAGUCUCAACAAUUUCUGGACCAAGGCCAUUGCAGACACCAGGCUCAAUUUCCAGACCAGACGAGUACUCAACACGCUCAGGCUCCCAAAAACUCAUCCGGCUGCCCUCCGUCCAGCUUUCAUGUUCGGUCCAAUCACAGUCACGGCCAGAUUCAAACCUGCGUUAGUCCUGUUCUCGCCCCAAAGCCACCCAGCAGUGCCAGAGAGGGACAGAUCAGGAAAACGGCGUCAAAGCGUCUCAUCAAGCAGACGUCCGCAGAGAGUUCAGCCAGUGGAAGCUUGCCCAGCGGCCAGCAUGUGGUCUACGAAGCCAUCUGUGGUAGAACAGGUCUUUCUGUGCACCGCAAUCUGUUCCAGGGCCGGGAGCCUGGUCACAGAUGACAUGAAAGCGACCAGCGGCACGUCCUGCCCCUCUGCUGGCCUGACAGGUGUCUCUGCAUGUAACUACAUCCUCACAGAGGUGUAUUCUGGGAAAGGACAACAGCAACAGAUGGAAGUAUCCGAGACAUCAAACAGGGUGCUAUUCAUUUCUCCAUGAUACAGCCACGGACUUGCAAGAGGAUAGUCUUCCAGGCCAGGAAUGCCCAGCUUUCUAUUAUUUGCUCAGCCCAACAUUAGUUGGCCUUUUCAGCUCCUUCCCACCCUCCCCUCACCCCCCCUGGCUACUCUCACACUUCCCAACAGUUGUCCGCCCUCAUUCUCUCCAUGCUACUGAUACCGCAGAGAGAUUUCACUGACAGAUAGCCUUCAGCAGAUGGUUCUUCAAUACCCCAGUGGCAUUUCAACCUUUUCUUCUCUGCUCAUGCAGUAGCAUGCGCACAGCUCGCCAUUCGUGGAGAUUUUAUCUUCCUAGAAGGUUAUACAAACAGACAAGCAUGCAGAGAAGCUUCUUUCACAAGAAGACUCUUGGCAUUAGACGCUCCAACUCCAGGUCCUUGUUUGAAAACAAGUUGUUGCCAAAUCAUGCACGAUGGCCAUUGCCUAAGGAUGUGUUAAAGUAUAGCAUCCUCUGCUUGUUGGCUUAAAAUAAGGAGCUUGAAGACGAUUGGUUCCUGCCUUGUUCCCCGUUUACAAGGAUGAUGUAACAGUGUUACUGGGAUGUUUGAGCUUCAUAUCAAGAUUAGAAGACAGCUGGCUUGUGAUUAUUCCUGUCAGCUGUUGAGAUGUUGAUGUUGUUUUCCUUAGGUGGACCAAAUUUAAUAUUUAGUCUAAAUAAGUAAAUUAUUGUUAUUGCAUCAGUAUUUAUUUACUGUACGUUGUCCACCAAACGGCCUUUUUGGCCAUUUCUGUAGCUCGAGGCAUAGCAUAAAAAGGAUUGAUGGUUAUGCACAGCAUUGCCUACAAUGAAGGUCAAUAUUGCACUCACAGACCGAUACCUUUGUGGAUAUUCUGUCGCUUGUGACCGUUUAGCGAGUUAACUCAGGGUGUGUUAAUAAAACAUUUGUGUUGUAUAUCAAAAGAUUCAGUACAUGUUUGUGAUGACCGUGUCAGCAAUACUUGAAUGUCAUGCAUGUUUUUGUCAUAUCAACUGAUGAUUAUCAUCAUAGUGAUUUUGUACAGUCAUGUUUCAAUGCAGUACAACAGAACUGGUUUUAAUACAAUUGAUAGUAUUGUUUCUGUAGUGAUUGAUGUUAAACGUAAUGUUGUUGAUUUACUACUACUUUACUACGCCAGUGCACGAUGUGUUACAAAACUCCAACAGUAGAAUCAAAAUCAAUGUGUAUACUCUGCUGUGGUGAUACGUUGUUUACAGUCUGAUCAUUUCAUCUGUUUGGUUGCUGAAUGUUUACAACACAUAUGCAUGGAAUUGUAAUAUGUUUGGAAUCAUCGAGUCAGUCUGUAUCAAACACCAUUGAAAUGAAUAGAUAACGUCAAAAC